AUUCUUUAUGUACAGGGUUGAAAAAUACAGACCACAGGUGCUAUCAGAAGUUGUUGGAAAUGAAGACACUGUUAGUAGGCUAGCUGUCUUUGCUAAGGAAGGAAAUGUACCUAAUAUCAUCAUUGCUGGUCCACCAGGAAUUGGCAAAACUACCAGUAUUCUAUGUUUGGCUAGAUGUUUACUUGGAACUGCUUUCAAAGAUGCCGUGUUGGAACUAAAUGCAUCCAAUGACAGAGGCAUUGAUGUUGUAAGAAAUAAAAUCAAGAUGUUUGCCCAACAGAAAGUAACACUACCCAAAGGAAGACACAAAAUUAUCAUCCUUGAUGAGGCAGAUAGUAUGACAGAUGGUGCACAGCAAGCUUUGAGGCGAACUAUGGAAAUUUAUUCAAAAACAACUAGGUUUGCCUUGGCUUGCAACACUUCAGAUAAAAUUAUAGAACCUAUCCAAUCUCGGUGUGCUGUGUUACGGUAUUCCAAAUUAAGUGAUGCCCAAGUAUUGAAAAGAUUGCUGGAAAUAUCUGAGAGAGAAAAUGUGACUUAUAACGAUAGCGGACUAGAAGCAAUUAUAUUCACUUCGCAAGGCGACAUGCGACAGGCUCUCAACAAUUUACAAUCAACGUGGCAAGGUUUUGGUGAUGUCACUGGUGAAAAUGUAUUCAAGGUUUGUGAUGAACCACACCCACUGGUGAUCAAGAACAUGCUGGAGUACUGUGUUGACUCUAACAUAGAUGAAGCUUAUCGAUUAAUGAGGCAUCUAUGGAUGAUGGGAUACUCGGCUGAAGAUAUCAUUAACAACAUGUUUAGAGUCUGUAAGACGGCACAGAUACAAGAAUAUCUCAAGUUAGAAUAUAUUAAGGAGAUCGGUUACACUCAUCUUCGAAUAGCAGAGGGUGUACAGACGCUGUUGCAAAUGGCUGGACUGUUAGCAAGAUUGUGUCAGAAAUCUCUUCCUUCGUAAAAACACUCCUGGUUGUAUACGAUGUUACCAUCUAUAAAACAUGUUUAACUGCUGAAAUCCACAUUUUAGUAUGGAGUAUUUUUCCCCCAAAAUGCCAAAACCAGCAUAAUAUUGUCAUUUCAACUUCCCAAGUAAUAGUUAUUUAAAUCUCUGGCACAGGUGCCUCUUAAAUCAUGUGUUAAAUACAUAAUUUGGUUACAAAUGGCCACUGAAAUCUCGUUGAGAGUGAGAGAGCCACACAUCUCAUGGAGAUCUAACAAUGUAUAAGAUCUUGGCCACUAUUUUCGUCUAUCAAUGUUAUGUAAAAACAAAUAAAAUUCAUUCUCAUCA